AGAGAACCGAGUCUUUGACUAACAAUCUCACCAUGCCUUUUCCGAUGAAGAUUCAACCUCUCGAUUCCCAAGCGUACGGAGAAUCGAUCCGGAACGAUUCGGCUAAACCUGUCUUGAAAUCACGCCUCAAGAGGCUCUUUGAUCUGCAGUUCCCAAGUGUUCUGCGCAUUUCAUCCGCGGAGAAGCUUCCUGCCGGCGAGCCGCAGUACGGUAAGGAUGGAGUUGCCGAGUUCGAGCCGAGUUCUGUGUGUCUGGAUAAAAUGGUGCAGAACUUCAUCGAGGAGACUAACGAGAAGCAAUCGGCUGUGAAAUGUAGUCGCAACCGCUGCAAUUGCUUCAAUGGAAACAACAAUGACAGCUCCGACGAUGAAUUCGAAACCAAUGGUGGUUUUGGUGACUCAAUUCCAACCGCUUCGUUUGGUGAUUACUUGGAUACUCUUAAGAGCUUAAUCCCAUGCGCCAGUGUUGCAGAGAGAAAUCUCUUAGCCGACAUUUCGAAGAUCGUCGAAAAGAAUAAAACUUCUAAGCGGAAGGAUGAUCUGAGAAAAAUUGUUACGGACGGUCUAUUGCUUGUCGGUUACGAUGCUUCAAUCUGCAAAUCGCGAUGGGAAAAAUCGGCCUCAUAUCCCGCCGGGGAAUAUGAGUACAUAGAUGUGAAUGUGGAAGGCGAUAGAGUCUUGGUAGAUGUUGAUUUCAGAUCAGAGUUCGAGAUUGCUCGAUCAACUGGAGGCUAUAAAUCGAUCCUCCAAUCUCUGCCACACAUUUUCGUCGGCCGCGCUGAUCGUCUCCAACAAAUCGUUUCAAUCACAGAGCUUGAAGAAGAAAGGGAUGCACAUACCUCCGUGGAGGAAGGCGGAGUACAUGCGAGCCAAAUGGCUUUCCCUUACGCCAGAACUACCGCUCCAGCGGAAAACGAUGCCGACAAGGAGACCGACUCUCCGGCCGAGGAGGUUCAAACUGAGGCCGAGAAUAAGUCAAUUUGUCCUCCAAAAACCGACGCCGUCAAGGAUUCCGACGCUUCGCCGAAGCACAAUCCGUCGGAGAGCGUCUCCGGAGAGCUGGAGCUCAUCUUCGGGGAGGAACAGGCGCUGUCGGAGGAGGAAAUGAAUUCGGGCGAAGCUGACUCGCGCCCGCCGGCGAAGACUUCCGGCGACAAGGAAAAGCCGCCGCCUUCUCCGGCCGUGGCGUCCCCGUGGCAGCCUCCGACGAUCAAACCGAGAAGCUGUGAGAGAGGGGCGAAGGUCGUGACCGGAUUAGCUUCUCUCUUAAGGGAGAAACCC